AUGGGCAAAUUCAAGCUUGCGAUGGUGGCGGCCAUGUCGCUAACGAAUGGCAUCGGUAAAGAUGGUGGGCUUCCAUGGCGACUCAAGGGAGAGAUGGCAUACUUUCGGAACCUCACCAGCCACGUCUCGGACGGAGACAAGCAGCGGGGCGUCCGCAACGCCGUCAUCAUGGGCAGGAAGACGUGGGCCAGCAUCCCGCCAAAGUUCCGUCCGCUGAGCGGGCGCAUCAACAUCGUCAUCAGCCGCACGCAAAGCGCCCAAGAUCUCGGAGUCGACCCUGCCUCGAAGGACGUGCGGGUGUUCGCAUCGGUCGAGGAUGCCCUGCAAUACCUCGCCGGCCCGCCCUCCGGAGAUACCGCAGCCAUUGGCAGAGUGUUUGUCAUCGGAGGCGCACAGCUCUACGCCGAGCUGCUCGACCUGGACAACAGCAUAGCGACGGUGGACAAGCUCUUGGUCACACGCAUCUUGGCGCCCCAGUACGACUGCGACGCGCACUUCGCCGAAUUCCGCACGCGAGAGCAGUUGGACGCCGACGCCGACUUGGCCAAGAAAGUCGCUCCAGCCGCGAUCGGGGCACCGGUCGAGGCGUUGCUCGAAAAGCAUCUGCCUCAACUGCUUGAGCAGUCGCGCUGGACACAGGCUUCACCGCAGGCAUUGCGCGACUAUCUGGGCACUUCAGUUCCGGCUGCUCUUGCCGACUCGCCGGAUUUGGUGUCGCGCGAAGACGAGACUUGGUAUCAGUACCAGCUGUGGAUGCGCCAGGACUGA